CGGAAUUGUCGCAUAUUUGGUGACGUUUUAAAAUCGACUUGCUGUGGUCUAUGAGACCGAGGCCUAAGCGUUUUUGUUUCUUUAUAAUUUCAACAAAUGUCACUCUACCACAACCCGUUCUGAGCGGGCAUUUAGCCUUAUGUGGCAAUUUCUCUGGACAUAAACGGCGCAACAAAAACAAAGUUGUCAACAGUUAGCGAAGUUGAAGCAACUCUCCAAGUCGAAUACGAGGCGAGAAAAAUAUGACAUCUCGUAGGUGGUUCCACCCAAACAUCACUGGAGUGGAGGCCGAGAACCUACUGCUUACGCGGGGGGUGGAUGGCAGUUUUCUGGCCAGGCCAAGCAAGAGUAAUCCUGGUGACUUCACGCUGUCUGUCAGGCGAAAUGGGGCGGUCACUCACAUCAAGAUCCAGAACACAGGUGACUACUAUGACCUGUACGGAGGGGAGAAAUUUGCCACGCUGGCUGAGCUGGUGCAGUAUUACAUGGAGCAUCAUGGGCAGCUGAAAGAAAAGAACGGGGAUGUCAUUGAGCUCAAAUAUCCCCUCAACUGCGCAGACCCCACAUCUGAACGGUGGUUUCAUGGGCACCUGUCAGGCCGGGAGGCAGAGAAGCUCCUGACAGAGAAAGGCAAGAAUGGCAGCUUCCUGGUGCGCGAGAGCCAAAGCCAUCCUGGCGACUUUGUCCUAUCUGUACGCACCGGCGACGACAAGACGGACACUAGUGACAGCAAGCCAAAGGUCACCCAUGUUAUGAUCCGCUGUCAGCAUGACCUGAAGUACGACGUUGGAGGUGGUGAAAAGUUUGACACCCUGACGGACCUGGUGGAGCACUACAAGAAGAACCCCAUGGUGGAGACCCUGGGCACAGUGCUGCAGCUCAAACAGCCCCUGAACACGACACGCAUCAACGCUGCAGAGAUUGAGAGCAGGGUCCGGGAGCUGAGCAAACUCGCCGAGACCACCGACAAGGUCAAGCAGGGCUUCUGGGAGGAGUUUGAGACUCUACAACAACAGGAGUGCAAGUUGCUGUACAGCCGAAAAGAAGGGCAAAGACCAGAGAACAAAAACAAGAACCGAUACAAGAACAUCCUCCCCUUUGACCACACGCGGGUUGUCCUGAGAGACGGGGAUCCCAGUGAAUCUGGCUCGGACUACAUCAAUGCCAACAUUAUAAUGAUCCCACAGCCGGAGCUCGAUGCAAAGUGCAACAACGCUAAGAUGAAGAAGAGCUACAUCGCCACCCAGGGCUGCCUGCAAAACACCAUCAGCGACUUCUGGAGGAUGGUCUUCCAGGAGAACUCCCGCGUCAUCGUCAUGACAACCAAGGAGGUGGAGCGGGGAAAGAGUAAGUGUGUGAAGUACUGGCCUGACAUGAACGCCCUUAAAGAGUACGGAGCCAUGCGUGUGCGCAACGUCAAGGAGACGACAGCACAUGACUACACCCUCAGAGAGCUGAAGCUGUCCAAGGUGGGACAGGGCAACACAGAGCGCACUGUGUGGCAGUAUCACUUCCGUGCCUGGCCAGACCAUGGUGUACCCACAGACCCCGGCGGCGUGCUGGACUUCCUGGAGGAGGUGAACCUGAAGGAGGAAAGCAACCUGGAGCCGGGGCCCAUAGUGGUUCACUGCAGUGCUGGGAUUGGAAGGACUGGAACGUUCAUUGUGAUCGACAUCCUCAUUGACGUCAUCCGAGAGAAAGGGGUGGACUGUGACAUCGAUGUGCCUAAGACCAUCCAGAUGGUGCGUUCCCAGCGCUCAGGAAUGGUGCAGACAGAGGCUCAGUACCGCUUCAUCUACAUGGCCGUCCAGCACUACAUUGAGACGCUGCAGCGCCGCAUCGAGGAGGAACAGAAGAGCAAGAUUAAAGGUCGUGAAUACACCAACAUUAAGUACUCUCUCUCUGACCUGACUGCGGGGGACCAGAGCCCGCUGCCACCCUGCACCCCGAUGCCAACGUGCCCAGAUCUGCGGGAUGACAGCUCCAGGGUGUAUGAGAACGUGGGUCUGAUGCAGCAGCAGAAGAGCUUCAGAUGAGAAGCCGAGCACUGUUCCCCUGAACAGGAAGCUGUUUUUGCCACACCUGACUAGAUCAUGACCACACAGAACAUGAACAUGACGAGUAAAAAAAAAAAAACGGAAGCCACACCUGGUCUCCACACCUGGUCUGCGAUCAGUGCCUGGAGCUGGACCCAGCCUCUCCACACACACCCUGAAACCACUGUGAACAUCACCGAGCCUUAUCCACACACACACACAUACACGCACACUUACAUGCAUACACAUAUACAACUCACACACAUACAUAUAUUAUGGCCCUCUAAAGUUACCGAUUGGCUUUGGAGAAAUUUUAUCCAGGCUGCAUCUUUGAAGUGUGGAAAAGCUUUUGUGCUCUCUCUCUCUCUCUCUCUCUCUCUCUCUCUCUCUCUCUCUCUCUCUCUCUCUCUCUCUCUCUCUCUCUCUCUCUCCUUCCUGUUUGUUGCUCUCUCUCUCUGUAAUAAUCUGUUCAUUUUUUAACCAAAGGAAGAUGCGUUAGAGUAGUUUUCUGUGGAGCAAUGAGGGAGAGCUUAGUGGAGGAGGCCUGUGCCAAAAACAAAAGAAUAAGUCAGCGUUAGCAGACGCUGCAUGCCUCUGCCAUCCUUCCGCCUCAGCCUGUCUUAAUGGGAACGGGCAGAAGAAACGCCCUCUGGUGGGCAAAGGGAGUUCUGCCAUCUGUAGAAUACCUAGUUUUUGUUUUCUCUCUUUGUUUUCUCGUUUUAAUGAAGAUAAUUGUUUAAUAUUCUGUUACUGGAGCUAGUGUUGGUAAAGGUCAUGGCGGUGGGGCUGAGGAAGCCUACCGGGACCUAAGAUUCGAGGCCUCUGGUCUGUGCUUUAGCCAGCAGGUGAAGUUAGAGAGCAGGAGGUGGCGGUGGUGAUUUUGUGGGCUGAGCAUCAUUGACCUGGUGAUUGUGACCCAGCAGUGAGGAUGUUCGAGGCCUCUCAGUCCCAUACAUUCCCUCAUUUCACCCUAGAGUCUUUCCCAAACCCAAGGGGUCAAAAGUCAACUCUAGGAGUCCAAGGAUGGUGCCAGUGUUUGGUUGGUAGUACGGGGUUAGGGUGGUUGUUUUGCUUUUUAGAUGUUGCCUUUUGGCUAUCCAUUGUGCUCCCAGAGUAUAGUAUGCACUACUUAAAUCAGGAAGAGACUGUAAUAAGGCCCUCCCUGCUAUGACUCAUUGACCCACACUGUGAGUCUCUGUCUUCGCCCUCUCUUGACCCCCCCCCCCAUACAUAUACACACACACCACCCCCACCUUACAGCUGGCUGCCUUAUUGUUUUACUCUUUCUUUUUUAAAAUUCAACUCUCUUUUGUACUUUGGUUUUCUCUUAAAUGCCUAUCAUUUGAUUCACCACAUGAACUUAAAGCCCAGAAUCACUGUUGGAAAGUGAAUGCACAUUUGAGCUCAGCCAGCAUUUCCACAUACGUUUUUGGUUCCACAUACAUUUGUUUUGGUUGGUAGCCUUGGCCACAAUGAGAACUCUAUGAUGGAUGACUUCAUUUUUAUUUGUGAUGAUUAGAUGUGCCCUGUGUGGUCUACUCUACACUUGGUCUAUCAUUCUCUAUUUUGUGUGUGUGUGUGUGUGUGUGUGUGUGUGUAGGUGUGGGUGUCACUUGGAAGCAAAGAUUUUGCUGUGUGUGUUUGUGUUUCGCAGCAGAUUACAACUCGGCACUCUUUCAGUUUUCUGUUUCAAUAAGCUGGAGUGUGUUAUUUCAACUGCAGUAUUGCAAAAGUGUACCUUCUUCACAUCAGUAAUUUAAAAGUGUUUAUGUAUUGUCCAUAUGUGCUCGAUGACCAAGCUAAUGAGUGAUUCCACAGCAUUUCACUUAUGAACCCAUUAGCCUCCUGCCUCUCUGCCCUAACAGAUACAUACACACACAUAUAUACACACACACACACACACACACGUAUGUGUGUACAUACUCACACCUAUGGGUGACAUACACCCCACACAUACACUAAUACUAACAUCCAGCCAUGCCUAUUGUUUCCUGGUCAUGUGGUGAACUCUGCUAUGAGUUGAGAGGGCUCAGAUGCCUUUGUAGAGGUUCUCCAUAUUCUCCAAGGAAUACGUUUUAUGCUUUUUUUUCUGCGUCUUGAUUCUAAAGUGAUCCUAAAAGAAGAGUCCGUGUGGGCAGAGACUGAUUAGAAUACAUGCCUCCGGUCCUUGGGCUUUUAUCCAAAUCCUGUGUUGCUGUGCUGUGGGCUGACUUAGCUCUUAUAGAGGUCAAGACUAGUGAGCCAGGUGUGUGUUUUUUGUUUGUUUGUUUGUUUGUUUGUUUGUUUAUGUGUCUUUGUGUGUGUAUGCCCACUUCCUCAUAGUUCUCAGGCCAGUUGUGCCCCCCCACCCCCCCAACCCUAAACAAAGGCAGACACACACGGACAUGCACAUCCGAGAAUGACGUUUCACAUGCUGUGGAAGCUCUCCUACGAAAAUCUCAAACUCACCAGGGCAUAUGCACGGCACCCUGGGGCCAAAACUAAUAAGACCUGCCCUUUAACAAUAGUGCGGUGACCUUAGGUCCAGUGGCUCUGCUUGUGUACCGUAGUGUGUCUGUUCAUUGUACUGUAGUGGGUGUGUGUGUGUGUGUGUGUGUGACCGAGAGUGGGUGAGAGAGAGAAUGGGUGCUUAUUCGUCAAAAGUGUUCAUGGUUUGUGCCGUUGUGUUUUUGUGUGUGUGUGUGUGUGUGUAUGUGUAUAAGGGAAUACAGCUGUUGAUAUGUCAGCUCUUUUCUCUUGCGUACAGAAACUCUUACACACACUUGUAUUGAUCUCUACAUGUGUUUAAUAAUAAUACACUUUUCUCUCUCUUACUCUUCUCUCUCUCUCUCUCUCUCUCUCACUCUCUCUCUCUUUCAACAUGUCUCUGUCUCUCUAUGGGGGAAAUUAAUGGUCUUCAAAUAAAAAACACCACCUAGUACAUAAAACUAUAAACUCAAAAUACCUAAUGUGAAAUGUAUUACCCUAAAAAGAAAUGGUCACGAAAAAAGAAAUGUCGAACUCAAUGCAGGCAAACUCUAUUUUUUAACUUGUAUAUUGUACAUGAACAUCUUGUAGAGGAGAAUGUACUUAACAUAUCUAAUUGCCAAUAAGAUAUACUGUAUGUUUAACCCAGCCACUGAUCUCUAGUGAGCCUUAGAAAAAAAGCAGUUUACUGUAUUGUGUGAUUUAUCAAUGCAAGUAACCAUGAUAACUUCUUUGACAAUAAAUGACAAGCUCACAACUG